UUUGUCACCCUUGUUUCUUUUGGGCCCAAUUUUCUUUCUUGCUCUCUCUCUUCUCUUCAUCGCAUCGCUUAUUCGAUUGCGUUGCCUCUCUCGUUCUCUCCCUUUUAAUAUCCAACUUCAUCAUUCGUCGGUAAGCCUAUCAAUCAUUCUCUUAUUCUUUGCCUGUUCCUAAUUUUCUAGGGUUUCCUUUCUAAUCCCCUCUUUACAAUCCUAUUGUAUUCCCCCUUCGUAUUUUUUCGAUUUUAUCUUCUUCUUCCAUCUCCAAUCUCCAUCCGAUCUCUCGCGCGUUCUUCAAUUUUGAAUUCUCGGGGAUUCGUUUUGUUUUGGGUUUAGGGUUCUAUUAAACAAAAAAAUACAAAAAAAACUGUUGCAAAGGGUGGAUUAGGGUUUUCCCUUGUGAUUCACGAAUUUAGGUAUAUAGAGAAAUAUAUGGCGGCUAGCAGACAUGGCGGUUACCGCGAAAACGAGUUCAAAGAGCGCGAAUCGAAGUUAGAAGUUUCCAGACGCGGAUUCGCGAAUUCGAAAGAGGAUUACGAUCGUGUUAGGAAUGGUGGUGGCGGUGAAGUUGUGAGGGGUGGGUCAAGGGAUAGGGUUAGGGUGAGGCAGAAGGAUAUUAAGGAGAGGGAAGGUGUUAAUGGUGGUGGUUAUCGAUCCUCUUCGAGUAGGAGUGACUCUGGCAGCAGUGGCCUUGGUCCUCGCCGGUGUGGUUUCUCUGUCAAGGCAGUUGAUAGAGAGCCUGGUGAGCUUUCCAGUGAGAGUGGUUCUGAUGAUGCUAUUGAAUCGGAACCGGGGUUAAAAGGCUCCGAGGUUGCGAUGUUGGAAGAAACCAGGACUCUGUCUCCGCCAGUGCCGGAGAGAAAAAGGAAGUUUUCGCCCAUAGUGUGGGAUCAGGAUGACAAGGAAGUCAACGAGCUAUCCAAAGUUAGGGUUUCCGCCUCUGCGGUGAAGGUGGCUGCGCUUCCUCCUCCACCUCCGUUGCCUAAGGUGUUCCGUCAGUCACAGUCGCCGAAUGCUCCGAAUAGUGGAGUUGAAAUAGUUCCUGUCAAGAACAGGGAAACUGAGGAACUUCAGUUGAAUGCAGCAUCUAAUGUUACCUUGUCCUCUCCUUCAGGUUUGCAUUCAUUGCCCCCAAAAGGGAAGUGGGAUAAUGAUCAGGAAGCUGAGCAUCCAGAAGGCGAAGAUUAUGUUCCAACUCGCAAUAUAUCGUCUUCAAGAUGGGCAGCUGGAGAUAACUCUCCUGUUGAUGAGGGUGAGAUCCUCAAUGAUGAGGAAAUGCCCAAAAGUAGGUGGAGGGUGUCUCCUGAUUUAUUGGAUGGUAGGCUAAGGAACAAGCUAUUGAGCCCUGAGGAAUCUAAGGUAGAAGGUAUUGAAAGAGCUAGAGCCAGAUCAUCUGAAUCUGAAGAAAGAGGUGCCCGUGGGAGAACUUCCAGUGGUGAUGAUUACCCCGGGUCAGAGAAGGAUGACUACAUGGAGGUUGAUGUUCAAGGUGGGAAAAGUGAAACCAGUAUCAGUCACUCAGACACGGAUUCUGAAGAUGAAGAUGAUGGCCGGGAGACUCCAGAACCUACUGCUCAACCUCAAAGAACAUUCAACAUGCUUCAGGGUUGUAGAAGUGUUGAUGAGUUUGAGAGACUCAACAAGAUAGAUGAAGGAACAUAUGGUGUUGUAUAUAGGGCUAGGGAUAAAAAGACUGGAGAAAUUGUAGCAUUGAAGAAGGUCAAGAUGGAGAAGGAAAAAGAGGGCUUCCCACUGACUUCUCUCAGGGAAAUAAACAUUCUUCUUUCUUUUCACCACCCAUACAUAGUUGACGUUAAAGAAGUAGUGGUAGGAAGUAGCCUUGAUAGUAUUUUCAUGGUCAUGGAAUAUAUGGAACAUGACCUUAAAGGACUAAUGGAGGCAAUGAAGCAACCUUUUAGCCAGAGUGAAGUGAAGUGCUUGAUGAUCCAGCUUUUAGAAGGUGUGAAGUAUCUUCACGACAACUGGGUGCUUCAUAGGGAUUUGAAGACUUCAAACCUUCUUCUAAAUAAUAGGGGUGAGCUCAAAAUUUGUGAUUUUGGCUUGGCUCGUCAGUAUGGGAGUCCUUUAAAGCCAUACACACACCUGGUGGUAACUCUUUGGUACAGGGCACCUGAACUUCUUCUGGGGGCAAAACAGUAUUCAACAGCCAUUGACAUGUGGUCUUUAGGUUGUAUAAUGGCUGAGCUAUUGUCUAAGGAACCACUGUUUAAUGGGAGAACAGAGUUUGAUCAACUUGACAAGAUUUUCCGGAUUCUUGGCACACCAAAUGAAACAAUUUGGCCUGGGUUCUCCAAAUUACCCGGAGUCAAGGUCAAUUUUGUCAAACACCAGUACAAUCUCCUGCGUAAAAAGUUUCCUGCCACAUCAUUCACUGGAUCUCCUGUUCUUUCUGAUUCUGGAUUUGAUUUGUUGAACAAGCUUCUAACUUAUGACCCUGAGAAGCGGAUCACUGCCGAAGAUGCUCUAAAUCAUGAGUGGUUCCAUGAAGUUCCUCUCCCCAAAAGUAAAGAAUUCAUGCCCACAUUUCCUGCUCAACAUGCUCAGGACAGGCGUGUGCGGAGAAUAUACAAGAGUCCGGAUCCUUUAGAGGAGCAGCGUCGGAAGGAGUUGCAGCAGGGUGAAACAGGGACUGGUGGGAUUUUUGGCUAAGAAUGGUGCUUACAACACUCCGCUGAAUGGUUCAGUGUAUGAGGUGAGGGUAUGCACUGAAUGGAAGUUGGAAGCAUUGUUUGUUAGACGAUCACUCGUGCUGUUUUUUAGCAGGAACUUGUUGGUUUGACAGAGAUGUAUUCUUUUACCUCCUGGGAACCAGAUUAUUUCAGGUUAACAUUCUUGAUGCUUGAUCAUUAUAUAGAAAUGCAUCUGGGACAUGACUUGCUUCUCAAGGUGUGGCAUUAUUGGCUUCUAAAAUUAGGAAUUGUCAGUGUCAGCUGAAACUUUGUAACAUAUCCAUUGGCAUAUUGUAUAAACAAAUUUAUCUGGUUGAGUAUUAAAGCACUAUGGAUUUUCUAGCAGCUAUCUCUUCUUUCUUUUUUAAUAUUCACAUUGUGUUUGCAAGAGACGGUUGGUGUGAAGUGGAAGAGGACCUUCUGUGCAUCAUACCAAAGAAAUUGAGUGACAUUAUGCAUUGAAAGUAUCAAGUAACAAAGCAAGCAGGUUGAGGAGGUUACCAGUAUAUCCUAAAGUAUAGAACUUCAAUUAGUUGUUCCUUCAGUCUCUCUAGAGCUGCGAGAUGGGGUUGCUAAGAGAUGUAAAGCAUCCACUUCUCAUUCAGCAUCAAUUUACUGGAUGGGCGAUAACGCAGUAAGCAUAAGCUGUAUUUUUUUUUUCUUUCAAUAGGUAGAGGGCAGGUUGACGUGAAGUAUAUUAGGUUUGCCUAGUUUAAGUGUGGGUUGGUGGGGUUGUAUUUCAUAGAUUGCCAGUGUUUUACGUGAGAAUGAACUUUUGGUAAAUGAAGACUGGAGUAUGUUGAAGGAUUUAGAGAGAUGGUUAAAAUGGGCUGGUUGACUAUUUUCUAGGGUUUUGAUGAUUGACAUUGGUCGAAACAUAGAAAAGACAAGAUUUACUUGCUUAUGGUGCUUUUCUACAAUUGUUUUUAAGUUGCAAAGUUCUCUACAAGAGCAGUACGGGAGACACCAUACCUAAAUGUUGUGGCAUGAUGGGAGGGAGGAUGGAGAUUUAAAGAUCGACGUAAAAUACAUGAGGUGUGCUGAAGCAAUUCAUCACACGCCAUAUUUGGUUUCAGUUUUAUAUUUUUUCUAUUAACAUUUUAUCUCAUCUUUGCAAGGCGACAUCAACUGAAGCAUUGUCCACGACAAAAUUAGAAGGCAUUAUAUUUAGAUUUUUAUUUUAUUUUUUUAUUUUAAUGAUGGGGUUAGGGGCGAAAAUGGCGAUGCUGAUUGUCGUAGGGGGCGUAUUAUCCUUUGAUGGGUCAAGAUGUUUGGGUUUGAUUUAUUGAGACAUGCAUAUUGGAAAAUUUUGCACUGAAUUAUAAUUAUAUUAAUUAUAUCGUGCCA